UCUCUCUUCCGGUCCUCUGCCUGUUUCGGAUCCACACGAAAAUGAAGCUGCUGGCAGUGGUGCUGGUGGCCCUGCUCGCUGUCACUCAAGCAGAAGAUGGAGCCAGGCUCUUAGCGUCCAAGUCGCUGCUUAAUAGAUACGCCGUGGAGGGCCGAGAUCUGACUCUGCAGUACAACAUCUACAAUGUGGGCUCCAGUGCUGCAUUAGAUGUGGAAUUAUCUGAUGAUUCCUUCCCGCCUGAGGACUUCGGCAUUGUCUCCGGAAUGCUUAAUGUCAAAUGGGACCGAAUUGCACCGGCCAGCAAUGUCUCCCAUACCGUGGUCCUGCGCCCCCUCAAAGCCGGAUACUUCAACUUCACCUCAGCCACUGUUACUUACCUGGCCCAGGAGGAUGGCCCUGUGGUGGUCGGCUUCACCAGUGCGCCGGGACAGGGCGGCAUCCUGGCCCAGAGGGAGUUUGAUCGGCGAUUCUCCCCACACUUUCUGGACUGGGCAGCCUUUGGGGUCAUGACACUCCCAUCCAUCGGCAUCCCAUUGCUACUGUGGUACUCGAGCAAGCGGAAGUACGACACUCCCAAGACCAAGAAGAACUGAGUCGGCGUCUGUGAUGCUCUCAGCCUAGGACACCCAAGUGCUUUCCAGACUCCGAAGGGCACCAUCAUUGACGCCAUCUCUGCUCUCAUCAUCAUCGGCCACCUGCUCUAGGAUCCCAGCCAGGAGGCCUCGAGUAGCUCCCACCUUCCCUCCUGAAGCCAUUCGAACAGGAAUAGGAAUGCCUGUGGCAGAGACCCUUGGCCUCAGCUCUCCAAGGCACCAUGGGUGGUGCAGCUGGCAAUGUGGACUCUCGAGGGCCAGGGAGGGAGCACCUUGUUGACUGCCUGACACCACAUUACCCCUGACCUUCCCUCCCAGGAGAUGGAAUGAAAACAGCUACCUGGUCUGGUCAUAGGCUAAGGAAGUACUUACCAAAUGGGCUUUUAUAAUAAAAACAUGUCACAGAAA